AUGAGUGAUGCACCCAACCAUGAGCGUCGUUCCAUCAUGUGGAAAGACGAGUUCGAGGCCCGGCCCAGUCGUCGAAACCUCUAUGAGGGCAUGUCCACGCGAGGCUUGACGCAAGUGAGAGAAUUUGAAAAGAUUGCCGAAGAAGAGGACGACGAAGAUGGGGACGAGACCGGUCAUCGUCGAGGACGACGAGUAGGCGUCUUGGGGAAGAUUGCCGUGACGGCGGGAAUGCGAGACUUUAGCCGUUCCUCCCACACGGGGGGCGACGACGACAUGGACCUGGAGGCCAUGCCCAUGAAUGACAUGAGUAUGAGCGAGGCCACGGACUGUAUGCGUUUGAUGAGUGAUGAAUCCAUGGCGGAGAACAACAUUCGUAGCUCGAUGCGUCAAAGCAUUUGGGAUGCCACAGGAGGGGACAUGGCCAACGAAACCUGUUGCUCGGCUUUUACUGCUUUUGUGUACAUGGUAUGGAGCUCGAUCAAGAGAUUCAUCUACAAGAUCUUUAGGUGCCGGGAAGAAGAGGAUCAAGUGGAUGCCUUUGAUACUACCACGGACUUGUUGCGAGACAAUACUGUGGAUAUGGAUGAUCUGGCGGGAUUAGGCGAGAUGUUGAUGAAAGAAAUGGCCGUCGAAGCGUCACAGUCCUGUGCGACUGCCAUGGCGUCAGGGACUACCUCUAGUGCUGCUGCUGCUUCUACUGCUGCGACAAGUGCCACUGCUGCUUCAGCGUCUGCCACCAUGACUGUGGCCAGUGCUGGUGUCACCACCCAAGUUGGGGUGGCUGUUGGAACGGUCACAGCGGUUGCGGCGACGGCAGCUGUGGCAAGCAGCGGAAUCUUGGUGGAUACAACCACAUCAGUCCAUAGGUCUUCCUUCCAACCCUACCCUUGGAUCCAACCCAAUUGCUCGGGAGACGGUACGGGCCGCAGUGUUUUUGAAGUCAAACAGGGAUAUUUGGACUUGGUCAUCAAGGAUCUUACAGAGGAAAUGCUUUAUCAAGAAAAAUCGGUGCUGGAAGACAUGUUCGUGGAGGCAUUCAACAACGUUACGGGUCGAUGCGAUGGGAUGUAUGAGAGAACCAUGUUCAACGUUAGCCUGCUUCCGUCCUUCUACAUCAUGACGGAUACAAAGAACAACACCAUUGCGUCAACUCAAUGGGUGGCAUUACUAUCGUGCAAUGGAUGCCCCGACUCGGAACCCAUGUUCGCGGUCUUUGAGAGGGACAUUGCCGGCAACAGCAACGAAAGCGCUGCCAUCCACCACAGUUUCGGUAGUACUGCCGGAGCAAACUCCAGCGCCUGGGAUCAGUUCUCGCUGCUGGCAGAAAAUCAGACAGACUUGGUUCCUUGGUUGGUGCAUGCGGAAGAUAUAGCCAACUUGACAAACGCAACCACGCCGCCCAAUGGGCACAGUUGGAACAAAACUGAAACUAGUAAACACCACAACUCCACAGAGAAUGACUACUAUAGCCCAGACACUCUCAGCGCAGUGGCAAAGCACCAAUCGAAUCGAUUUCAGCACAAUCGACGCCUGCAGGAAUAUCUCAUCAUGGUGAACACAACAAACGCGACCAGCUUCAACAACACACAAAACCAGUCGACAAUAAACGACGACGACCUAAUCACGGUAAACGAUUACUACGUCAAUGCGCACAGGCUCUUUGAGAUGUUCGUUGAAGAGCUCAUGACUGCCAUUUCACAUAAGUACCCAGAUCUGUCCAAGGAAGUGACCGUUGCCUACGGCGCAACUGUGCAAAGAGGGGACACUGGUUCUGAAAGAGUGGUGGAUGAAAUCCGACUGAGCAGAGAAGCAUCAUUCACGACCACAACCGAAGAGCCGUCAAUGCUUCCAAGCCGAGAACCAUCAAGUUCACCAAGUAACGAGCCCAGCGUUAGUCCAUCAAACAAACCUUCUUUGCUUCCGUCGCUCAUGCCCUCAACAACACCCUCGUUCCAACCCUCGCGCAAACCAUCCCCGUCGCCAACAAGUGUCCCUACGCCGGAGCCAACUCAAGCUCCCACAAAAAGGGCCACUCAAACACCAACAACACAAAACCCGUCCAAAGAACCAACAACACUCAACCCAUCGAAAGCACCAACGCAAAGCCCGGUUGUUUCAUACCAAUCAGCACAAGCACAAGUUCAAAUCAUUCAACCAACUCCAAGCCCAACCAUCAUACCCACCAAACAUCCUACAUCAAGCCCACCAACUCUAUCUCCCAGCACACUCAACCCCACUCCAACCCCCAGGGCUAUCACCAACGAGCCAACUCCAGUUCCUACUAAAGGACCAACCUUUGAACCAACACCUCCACCCACUGCAGACCCUACAUUUGAACCAACACCCGAACCAACUCCGGAGCCUACGGCUGAACCAACACCAUCACCCACAUUUGAACCAACCAAUACAACGACUUCAAUGCCGACCCCAGCUCCCACUUUUGGGCCAACAUCACCCCCUACAGAAGCACCUACAGAGCCACCAACGGUACCUCCAACGGAUCCUCCAACAGAGCCCCCAACAGAUCCACCCACAAAUCCUCCAACAGAUCCACCUACUGAGCCCCCAACUGAAGCACCAACAAUUGAGGCAUGCAAUGCAGCCUUUACUUCGUAUGAUCAGAUCUACUUUGUGGCUUUUCAAGGAGACAUCCAGAUGCUGCAGGACAAUCAAGUGACUGCUGCUUUUCAAACUGCCUACAAAGAUUUGGGCCCAGGUGUUUGUGACCCAAUUGUAGUUGGUGUUGCUGUGGACCAACUAUUCUUGGAUUUAGCAAUGUACUUCAAACCAGGAGCCCUACUGUAG